CACCGACCAAGAUAGCAAAGACAGAGCAGAGCAAACUAGAGCAGAGCAAAGCAGACCACAGCAGCAAAGGCGGUUGUGUGUGUGUGUGUGCGUAGGUGUGUGCUGCCUUUUGUUACAUUGAACGCAUGGCCAUGUAUCGGGUGUGGAAGGCAGCACAGUCUGCGCUCUCUGAAGCGCUUGCGCCGGCGCAGCGGUCUGGUUUGGAGGAGUUCAAAGAGCAAUGGAAGCACAUCUCAGAUCUCAUCGUGUAUUGCGAACAGCACGAGGAGACACAUGUCGCUGAAACGACGCUGGGUAAAUGCAUGGACCGCCUGGUUGAGCUGCUGAUGGCUGAAGAAGAGGCUCUCGAAGGAGAAACCGGCCCCUGCAUGGAGUACAUGUACUCACAGGACAUCCUCAAGAUUCUCGUCAGCAUCGGCGAAACAGAUGUCCCAGCUGGCACGCGUCUGCUCACAUUGAAGAUGCUGACACGAUUGUUGGGGUCGACGCGGCAACGCAUGCUUGCGCACCGCUGCGUGUUUCCACACGUGGUGUCACUGCUGCAGGCGUGCAUCCGUCUCGUGGACGACCCAGACACCACCGGCGAGCUCACUUGUGCAAUGAUGAGGUUCAACUGCGCCGUCUGUGGAAAACUCAACGACGACCCAAAUUUCUCGGACCUCUUCAUCAUCCAGGGCGUCAACUUUCUUCCGCUCACGCUGGCAACACAGCUGAUCGGCAGUGCACACGCGGAAACGUCGCGUCUUGCGCACGAGACGGCCGCCCUCUGUGCAACUCUUGAUGUCCCGGCGCUGGAAUCCAUCAUCAUCAACCACUCCAAACUGCCCUCGGCACUGAUGGAUGUGCUGCUCGCGCUGUAUGCGGAGCUGCCGCAGUCGAUUUCGGAAUCAGAUGCGCGGUUCAUCGACACCCUCUCCGCUUUCACAUCGCGGCCACCGCUCUUCUCCUGGCGGCAGCGGCGCAGUCUCGAAUACGACGCAGCCGUUCCGUUCAAGGCGCUGGCCGCGUUUCUGGAGGAAUUGAACUUUGUUGAUCACAUUGCCAGCAACUGCACAGAGCGCGUCGCACAGGCGAUUCAGGUGUCGUUUGCGGAUCGCUUUCUCCAGCCGGUGUUUGAGGCCAAGCUCGUGCAGGGAUCAGAGGGGGCGGCGGAUAUGGCGACGUCAUAUCUGACGCUCUUCGUGCAGUACCUCAAGUCGCCACACCUCCUCGACGGCGUGUCUGAGUUUUCGUUGAGCGAGAAGGUGGGCCCAGCCCUCAUCGCCCGCUGUGACGACAUGUCGGACCAGCUGAGCCUGACGACGCUGCUGUUCUUCCUGAAACUGCUGUCACGCUACCGGCGCCACUCGUUCCACUUCCUCGUCGGCCAACACAUGCGCCGAGACGCCGCUGUCACCGCCUCCCUCCUCACACCGCGACAGACCACAGACAGGCUUGCGGAGUUGGUUCCUGCGCAUCUGUGCACGGAUCCAAACGAGGAAGGCACGCGUCUCCACUUUGAAACCGCCGUCAACGCGAUGCGCCUGGCAGCGGAAGGGUGUGCAGAGUGGAUGAGCCCGAGCGAUAGCGACGAUGCUGACGACGAUGAUGAUGAUGACGGUGAUGAGACACAGAACGAGAAUGAUGACAACACAGCACAGGAUGACACUGGCGCUGUAUUGGUAUAUGCGACACGUGCGCCGUGCGUGUGUGGCGGCCCCUUCCUGCAGACGCUUCUCUCCCGCCUUUCCCGCCUGUUUGACCAGACACACGACAUCAACCUCCUCGUCACAGCAAUCAUCACAAGCUUGCUCGAGUAUCCAAGCCCAGCACUGCGGCAGUUUCUGUUCAGUUCCCAUCCAGACUCCCUGCUCACCCUUCUCGAUAAGUUGUCUGGCGAGUUGGUUGCGCGAGCAAGUCGACGCGAUAAUGCAGAAGAGAAACUCAGGCUCUUCCGUUCAGAAAUGAGCUCUGGGCGCCAGCCGAGCGACGAUUAUGCAUCGUUCUACGAAGCCGUCAUCCUCCUCGAGGAAUUCGCAAAGGAACUGUCUGCUGUUGCUCUCGUGGACGCAAACAACGUGAUUCUGUCAUAGGUCCCUUGUGUUGUGUGUGGCAUUUAAAGUGUGCACGUGCAGUGUCUUUGCGUACGAGCAGCCGCUUUGCUGCCCCCGCCCCGCCCCAGGUUUCCCAGUGUGAACCACGCAGCGAGUGCAUACUCACAGUUGCAGUUGGCAGAUAUGAUGUAUGGGAGGCACACAAUGAUACGCCACAAACCUGCUGAACAUCGUCAAUACAAGGGUGG